ACUCCAAGCAUGAGAGCUGGAGCGUUCAUAAGCAGCUAGCAGAGUUCUCCACCCACGCUCUCCUGAAACUCGCUCAGCCUCGCCUCUUCUCCAUGGAACUUCGCAGCGCGAGAUGGGCGGCUCCGUCGCUGUGCCUGGUUCUCGUGCUCCUUCAGGCGAGCAUCCCUGCUCUCGCCGGAGCCCCCAAGACUUACAUUGUUCACAUGGCCGCGUCCGAGAUGCCGAGCUCGUUCGACUAUCACCAUGAGUGGUACGCCUCCACCGUCAAGUCUGUGAGCUCCGCCCAGCUGGAACCUGAGGAGGAGGAGGAUGACGCUUACACCAAGAUCGUCUACAACUACGAGACGGCCUUCCACGGCUUCGCGGCUCGCCUCGACGACGACGAGGCCGAGCGGCUGGCUGAGGCGGCCGGCGUGCUGGCCGUGCUCCCGGAGACGGUCCUGCAGCUGCACACCACCAGGAGCCCCGACUUCCUGGGCAUCGGCCCGGAGAUCAGCAACAGCAUAUGGGCGGCCGGCCUCGCCGACCACGACGUCGUCGUCGGCGUCCUCGACACCGGCAUCUGGCCCGAGAGCGCCAGCUUCAGCGACAAGGGGCUCGGCCCCGUCCCGGCCAAGUGGAAGGGCCUCUGCCAGACCGGCCGCGGCUUCACCACGGCGGACUGCAACCGCAAGAUCAUCGGCGCGCGCAUCUUCUACAACGGCUACGAGGCCUCGGCGGGGCCCAUCAACGAGACCACCGAGCUCAAGUCCCCGCGCGACCAGGACGGCCACGGCACGCACACCGCCGCCACCGCCGCGGGCUCGCCCGUGCCGGACGCCGGCCUCUUCGGCUACGCGCGCGGCGUCGCCCGUGGCAUGGCGCCCCGCGCCCGCGUCGCGGCGUACAAGGUGUGCUGGGCCGGCGGCUGCUUCAGCUCCGACAUCCUGGCCGCCGUCGAUCGCGCCGUGGCGGACGGCGUCGACGUGCUCUCCAUCUCCCUCGGCGGUGGCGCCUCGCCCUACUACCGCGACAGCUUGGCCGUCGCGUCGUUCGGGGCCAUGCAGAUGGGUGUCUUCAUCGCCUGCUCCGCCGGCAACUCUGGCCCGGACCCGUUGAGCCUCACCAACCUGUCGCCGUGGAUGACCACGGUCGGCGCGAGCACCAUGGACCGUGACUUCCCGGCCACGGCGACGCUCGGCAACGGCGCCAACCUCACCGGCGUCUCGCUCUACAAAGGCAGGCAGAAUCUUUCGCCUCGGCAGCAGUAUCCGCUGGUGUACAUGGGCGGCAACUCGACCAUGCCGAAUCCCAGGUCGAUGUGCCUUGAAGGGACACUGGACCGCAGCACCGUCGCCGGAAAGAUUGUGAUAUGCGACCGCGGCAUCAGUCCUCGGGUGCAGAAAGGUCAAGUUGUCAAGGAAGCUGGCGGCAUCGGGAUGAUACUCGCCAACACUGCAGCGAACGGCGAGGAGCUCGUCGCCGACAGCCACCUCCUGCCGGCCGUGGCUGUUGGGGAAACUGAAGGCAUUGCGGUGAAGAAGUACACCAAGACCGCCACAAAACCGACCGCAACACUCAGCUUCGCCGGAACCAAGCUCGGGAUCAGGCCGUCGCCGGUGGUGGCCGCGUUCUCAUCGCGGGGCCCAAACUACCUGACUCUGGAAAUCCUCAAGCCGGAUCUCAUCGCGCCCGGCGUGAACAUCUUGGCCGCCUGGAGCGGCGACGCCAGCCCGUCGAGCCUGGCCAGCGACCGCCGCCGCGUCGGGUUCAACAUCCUGUCGGGCACGUCCAUGUCGUGCCCGCACGUCGCCGGCGUAGCCGCGCUGCUCAAGGCGAGCCACCCGGACUGGAGCCCCGCGCAGAUCAAGUCGGCGCUGAUGACCACCGCGUACGUCCACGACAACACCUACGGCUUGCUCAAGGACGCGGCGACCGGCGAGGCGUCCACGCCGUUCCAGCACGGUGCUGGCCACAUACACCCCAUGCGAGCUCUCAGCCCUGGCCUGGUCUACGACAUUGGCCAGAACGACUACCUGGAGUUCCUGUGCACGCAGAACCUGACGCCGACGCAGCUCAAGGCCUUCACCAAGAACUCCAACAUGACAUGCAAGAACACCUUCAGUUCGCCCGGCGACCUCAACUAUCCAGCCAUCUCGGCGGUCUUCACCGAUCAGCCAUCGACUCCGCUGAUGGUGCACCGCACCGUGACGAACGUCGGCCCUGGAUCCUCGACAUACCAUGUCAAGGUCACAAAGUUCAAAGGCGCGGACGUCGUCGUUGAGCCAAACACCUUGCGCUUCAGCAGCGCAAACCAGAAGCUUGCCUACAAAGUCACGCUAAAAACCAAGGCAGCUCAGAAGACACCCGAGUUCGGAGCUCUGUCAUGGAGCGACGGCGUUCACAUCGUCCGGAGCCCGCUGGUUCUCACAUGGCUGCCACCAAUGUGAGCUUCUCUCUUAGUAUUGUUGUUCUGGAAUAGUCAGGCCUGGGAGCAGAAACAGCUAUGCCCUGGCCCCUUUGUGAGCGAAGUUGACAGAUCAGUUGAGUAGCAGCAAUAGCACAGAAGCUGCAGUUACUGAAGAAAAAUGUAUUCCUCAAAUGUAUUCACUCUUAUUCCAAAUGCUCAGUAACUGGUUGAUUGUGUC